GUCGUUAGGAUGCCUUAAAGUUUAGAUAUUCUGUAUUCUAGUCCAAGGCGGACAAAACAAUAGCUAACAACCCACCCCCUCUUAGCUCUUUUAUCUGUGUAUGUGCCUCCGGACUCGUCUUCUCUUCUCACGUUUUCCAAUCUCAUCCCUUCAUCUAGACUGUCCAUGCAGCAGGCAGUUCUGCUUGAUACUCACUUUUUCAGUACAGUACUGCAAACAUUAUCUUUCUGUAAAGGUUGGGCGAUCGCAGGGCGACAGGAACUGGUUCGGAGUGCAGUCACGUUUGUCGGCUGGCAGGGAUUGAGUGAGUGGGAUUGGUGCAAUGGUUGCAACUGGAAUCUGUGUCUGAAGCGGACAUCCACGAGAGAUUGGGUCAGAGAGUGGAGGUUGAGAGUGUAAAGUUGUGGAUGAAGUGAGGAUGCAGAAUCCUAUAUCAGUGCGCUACGCAAUAGCUAAGAUCGAGGGCGAUUUGGUCGAUCGACCAAGUACGCUCGGCAGUGGCAUGGAAUCAGCAGCGGAGUCGAGCGUGCAAUUUGGAAUCCGGAAGCAGAGGGAGAGGUUGAGAACGUCAGCCCUGAAGGUGGGCAAAGACUCGCACCGGAUCCGGAAAACCCCUUUCCCGCUCCCACAAGUGCAGUAUCGCCCACCAAUUAUCAUUCAUACAUACUCCCCGAAAGUGAUUUACGCGGAGCCAGACGAAUUCAUGUCUCUGGUGCAGAAGCUCACUGGAUCAAGUGACACACGCUCGCGAUUGAAGCGACACCCAGCGGCUAAGAAAGGAGCCCGGUCUGAUGAUCGGACCAUAGUUGAUGCCGCUGACCUUGUGCAGCAAGAAUCAAAGACGACCCUGUGCGGAUCACGGGUCUCAAACUUUGAAAAGUCACCCUUCUCGGCCACUGACGCUUGCGAAGGUAUGCACGCGAUGAAGCAGUCGGACUCUCCAAAGAGCCCUCUCGACUCAAAUUUGGAGUUGGACAACCACGACCUGAUAUUCACCAUCUUCGACGUUAAGGUCGAGCCAUCUCCGUUCUCAUUCAACGAUAAUUCCUUCAGUUUCUUCUCCGAUUUCAAUUUCCAGCCAGCGUCGGCAGCUUCACGAGUACCAAAGCUCCACCCAAAGACGGACCAGAUGGGCCAGGACUCCUUCAACCCCUUCCCCGGCAUUGACAUCACCUCUUCCCUCCCAACACCUUCGACAAUGGGGCUUCCCGACUUCUCUCAAUCUUUUCUCGACUGCCACACCGGCGCUUCGGUUCAACAUCCGCAAUGGCAAUGCUUCUCCUUAAGUAACCAGUCGCCUUCGUCCGAAAGCGCAAUGGUCGCGCUGGAGAAUAUCCAGGCUUUCACGCUUCAAUGACUUACCCAGCCUCACUUCCACACCAAGUGAUCUUCAAUCGGUUCAUUCCUCGAUCGCCAUCAAUCUGGCUGCAACUCAUCACCGAUGCUCGCCGCCCUGAAGGCCAAUCAGUGAAAAAUAGUUUCUCCGAAGAUAAAACCAAACUAGUUAUUGACCUUCCGAUCGUCGCCGUGCGGUGAUGCUAGACCUUACCUGGUCACCAUUUUGCAGCAGCCAGCACAGCACCGCACCAUUCUGACUUUUGUCCGAAAUCGAUUGAUUCGUUUCCUACUUCCAGAUGGAAGUCCAACAUGAUAGUCUAUAGGGUGUAGAUUCCACAGCUUGCGUUAAACUAGCCACUACUGUUGCUAGUUUUCCAUUAGCGAAUUAUAGCUCAAUAACCCUGUAGAUUCGUAGAAUUCUCGUAAAUGAUCACCACAGCAUUGACGCCCAGCAUGGAGAGAGAUUUGCCUUGCCACAGGCGCGCUAUUGCAGGAGGAUCAGGUCACAGCAAUGACCGGCAGCAUCAAUCACUUAAGCCUCCUAUCUCUACGAUCUUGUAGAAUCCACGGUAUUACUUUGAAUUCUUGUGCAGUAAAUCAAUAUAUUGUAGAACAAGAGCGUGGUAUUUCAGACCUAUGCAUCUAACUGCUGUACCAGCGACAAUAGAAUUUGUGAAAAAUUUGGGUUGCCCUCGUGGUGAUUGUACAAUCAACACCAACAACAAUAUCUGGAAAAUGAUGCUAGAUCACUACCAUUUUCUUAGAAUAAGCAAGAGGCAGCUUCAUUUCAGUUCCGCGAAGAAGUUUGUAAUUUGGGACAGUUAAAUAAUGGUGUCCAACUCUGAUUCAGCUGCUA